AUGUCAUAUUUUCUUAUUGAAGCACAAAGUUAUGAUUUUGAUACAUUGAUUACUACAUUAUUUCAUUCAUUAUUGACUCUGGAAAAUUGGGCAUGGGAGGUUUUAAGUAGAGAUUCUCGACAAUGGAAUGAUGAUGAACAACAAUAUAUUGAUUUAUUUCAUAAUAUUUCAUCUUUUAAUAAAAAAAUAAUUUUAAGUCAUAAUGUUGUACAUACAAAAGGAUCUCUUCUUCUGCCAGCUCAUACUGAUAUUGUUGAUGGACUAUUUGAACAAUUUAAAAAACGAAAUGGUGAAAAUGAGCGUUUUUUAUCAAUAAUCUACCUAUGGUUUGAUAAUCUUUCAUUGUUAAUGUAUGAACAUAUAGAAUUUGCUUCAGUAUCUAUAAUGGUUUAUGUCAAUGAACGUAUUACAUCUGAUAUUAUAAUGACUGAUCAAUUUAAAACUUAUCUGAAUGAAUUACAAGAUCCAUGUCCGUUAUUAACAAUGAAACAAGUUUUUUAUAUUAAAACAUGUUUAUUUUUAUUAGGCGGAUAUUUAUGUUCGAAACCGUAUGAUUUUCUUUAUAAUGGACAGGAAAUUGUAGGAUAUCUUGCUGAGGAUUAUACAAAUAUUAUUCUCAUUCAUAGCCAAACAAUAGUAUCAUGGAGUAAAGAAUUACUUUCAUGUAUUACACAUCUAAUUGGCUUUAUUACUGCUUGUCAUUUGUGGAUUGGUACCAACAAGGAGAUUCUCAAAAUGUUUGUGAUUCCUGAUAAAACUAUAUACGACUAUAUUGAAUCAUUAAUUAAUAUUCUGAGCCAUCAAACACUUCACGAACAAAUUCAUCCUCAAUUGUUAAAUGAUGAAUCAAUACUUGUCGAUAAUAUUCUCAAAUUAUUCAACUAUUUAAUAAACUUUCAAGAUAUAAUAAAUUUUUUUCGCUGUCAAAAGAAUUUAGUUGAUAUAUUUUUUAAAUUUGAUCUUAUAAACAAUGAUCGAUUCUAUUUACGAAUCUAUAGUCUUCAAUCUGCAAUUCUUUCUGAAAAACAAAUUAAAAAAUCAAAUAUCGUUAAUAACAUAAAUAAAAUUUUCUUUUAUUAUCUUCAACAAGCAUGGGAAAGUCCAUUAAAAAAAUAUAACAAAAUAUCCAUUGAAGAAUUACUAGAAGGUCUUUUGACUUUAUCUAAAUAUGAUAUCACGAAAAAUCCCAUCGCUAAUUCAGGUGAAUUAAAACUUUUAAUUGAAAUAUUGGAUGAAUAUCCAAUUAUUUACGAUAUUCUAUGGUCUUUAUCAUUUGAUAUUCGCAUUCAUGAAGAACUUCGUUCAAAUCAAACAUUGAUAGAUAAAUUAGAAAGUAGCUAUAUGAAUGAACAAAUACAAAAUAUUAUUUAUGGAAUACAAUGGAAUUUAAGUUUCAAUAGCAUACAAAUCAAUACUGAUACUAAUAAAGGAAAAUUUGAUAUAAUGAUAAGUUAUUCUCAUGAAGAUAAAUCAAUAUGUACACAAUUAUACCAUGAACUUAUUCAAAAUAAUUUUAAUGUAUGGAUUGAUUUAAAUGAUAAACAUCAUAAUAUAAUGGAUACAAUGGUUCAAGCUGUCGAACAAUCUUCUAUAAUAAUUAUGUGUAUAAGUAGACAAUAUAAACAAAGCAACUAUUGUCGAGCUGAAGCACAAUAUGCUUUUAAAAGACAAUUAAAUAUAAUUCCAAUAUUAAUUGAUAAUUAUUAUAAACCAGAUGGUUGGCUUUUAUUUCUUAUUCGUGGUUUAUUUCUUAUAGAUUUUACAAAAUAUGAAUUUUCUCAUGGAAUACAAAUCUUAUUAGAUAAAUUAAAAACUCCACAUAUUACUGCUCUUAAUACUCUUGUUGUACGUCAACCACCACAAAAUGUUACUAAUUUAUCUUUAUCAACAUUGGAUUCAACAGAUAUGUGCCAAUGGACACCAAAUGAUGUUCAACAAUGGUUAGUUAAAAAUAAUCUUUUACAAAUGGCCGAUCUUUUAUCAGGUUUAAAUGGUUCAUAUUUAAUUCGUCUGAGUAAAGAUAUAUCAAAGAAUUCACCACAAGAAAAUCUUAAUUUCUUUCGAAAACAUCCAAUGAAAAAAACAAGAAAAGAUGUUUCAUUAAUUGAAAUUUCAAGAUUACAAACUCUUAUUGAAGAACAAAUUCAAAAGCCUGCAACAGCGAAACGAUGCAGUCCAAAAUUGUGUUGUCGAAUGAUGUAA